CAGAAAUGUUUCCACGUCAAACACAAGAUACAUGUAUCGUGGUAACUUUUUCAAGAACCAAUUGCUGUUAACUUAAAGUUAUAAAAAUGGCUAACAUGUAUGUCAGUGUUACAACAAACAUUACGGAUUUUUACGAUGAUGUUCAGAACAGUGAUAUUUUCAACAGAAGCGACAAUUCGACUAUAAAGAUAACUACUGUUCACUUCAAUAAUGACGAACUACAAUCCAAGCCUACCUUUGAGAUCAUGUUUGGUGACACGACGUUUGAAACAGCUUUUGUGUAUGUUUGUCUGGUCAUUACAUUUCUUGGUAUCACUGGAAACAUUGCUGCCAUGGCAAUAAUCCUGUACAAACCCAAAUUCCAUACACCGACAUUUGCUGCUAUUGGAUAUCUGGCUCUAGCGGAUUUCUUUGCAGGCAUUAUUCUCGGUUUGGUGCGGUUUACAACUUGUCUAUAUUUAGAAAUUUUUACUUGUAAAACAUUUACUAUUAGUUUGUUUUAUUAUAAUUCGUCUGGACACUUGUUGCUACUGGUCACUGUAAGAUAUUUAAUUACAGUCCAUCCCUUAAUAAGCAAGAGACAUUUAACAGUUAAGGUUGUCUCCUUGUGUUCACUUUCAGUCUGGUUUCUGAGCGCUCUCUUGGGCGGUAUAACUCAUUAUGUAAUGGCAAACAAAGAUUCGUUGACAACUAUUAUUCGUGUCAUAAUCAAUCUGGUUGUUUUGUGUGCAGUUUGCUCUACAAUGAUUUCGUUGCAUAUUCGUAAAAUUAAAGCUCUACAAAACUCUUCAUGUGUUCGAAGGCAAACACAACAAAGGAAAAUGAACCUGGUCAUCACUGGAAUAACAGUUGCAUUUAUGCUAUUUCAAAUAUUUCUAAUCGCUGAAAAAUUAUACAAAUCGUUUGGAGAACCAGUCGACGACGUUUCCGUUUUUCUUUCAUCAAGUGUGAAUUUUACUGCAAGUGUGUAUUAUUCUUGCAAUCCGUACAUAUUCUUUUUUCUAUCAAUGUUUCUAUCCAGUAAAAUAAAGAAUCGCAGUUGCACAAAUACAAAUAAAGUAGUGACACUUGUAAACAUGUCUUAAGUACAAAGAAUGUUGAACUACUAAAUAAAAUUAUGAAAUAAUAUCGCGAUUGUCGCUGCAUGGUAUUAGCUUAAGAUUACUUUAGGUAUCUGAUCCUCAGCUGGAUAAAUUUCAGUGUUGUAAACAUCGUUAAGAUGUCUGUUAUUCGUUCUUUAUACGUUUAUACAUGAAUUAAUAUGGUGCGAAACUUUGUAUAUGGUAUCCAAAAGUUUUACAAAGUUAAAGAAUUUUAGUUCAUCUGAGUUAUGAUAGGAAAUAUAAUAUAUAAUCUGAAAAGUGUUAAGUGCAGAAAUGUGUAUAAAGUUUAAAUUGUUUUUUCUUUUUUUUUUUAAAUGUCCUUUGUGUUAUCUUUUAGUGUUUCAGUAUUUAAUUCGAUACAGUAAUACAUGUAAACUGGUCAAUAUUCUGAGGUUUUGAUUUUAAUUUGUUAUAUUGUCACUUAUCAUGUUGAAUAGACAUGUAGUCUAUUUUGCUAUUGUUUUAUCUUUGGUGGUACAAGUCUGAUUUUAAAUGUAUAAAGUCAAAUCCUAUGCCAAUUCCUUUGGGAAAUCAAAUGCUCUUAUCAUCAUCCAUUUGGCAAUAUGAUUGCUACUUUGAGAGAAGGGGUAGUGAAGAACUUCAUUAUUUCUUUUGGAGUUUGUCGCAACAUAUACUUUGUGUUACUUGUAUUGUCCCUUGUGUUAUAUGUAGAUAUCCUUGUUUCGUUUCUUGGUCUUACUGGCACAUUUUCCCUAAAUUUUUGUUUCAAAUCUUUCCAAAUUUUUUUUUUUAAACUGCAACAAUAAACUGUCCUAUUCAAAUGAAAAGUUUAUUGGCAAAACCAGGUUUUUAUCGCUUCGGAUAAUGAUUAUCUUGUUGUUACAUUUUAAAGGAUUAUCAUAUUUUACCUUACUAAACUCUUACAGCUGCAUGUUUUUAGAUAUUCUUGGUUAUGGACACAAUUUGUUUAUUUUUUUCAUUGGAGUAAUUUCAAUCAAGAUAUUAAGAUUAUGAUUCUACGAACCUGUAACUUUUGUCAAUGUUAAUUUUAAUGCGACUUCUAAGCAAGUAAAAUCAUGGACAUUACUUGUUGGGUCCAUGUACAUAAAAUUUCAAGUUUUUAGUAUAUGUCGAUAUAAUUCUUUGUGUUUAAGUAUU